UAAAGUGCCUUGUGAGCGACUAAAUGUUUGGUCAGCUUUUAAAUUAAUUAAAUGAAAUAACACUAACCACGACGAUGUCGCAUCCCGUCGAGGCACGCGUUCAGUCGCGUAAAUAUCCAUUUGUAAACAUGCACAUAGCGGAUCAUUCAGUGCUGGACACCAUUGAGGGUCGUAACAUUUGCCGCAACUGUAAUCGGUCUCGGAAAUUCUUCUGCUACAGCUGUCACAUACCCGUGGGAGAGCUGGACAAGAUAUUUCCGCGCGUCGAGCUGCCCAUACAAAUAGACAUAAUCAAGCAUAAAAAAGAGAUUGAUGGCAAGAGCACAGCUGUGCAUGCGGCUGUGCUCGCACCGGACCAUGUGCGCAUCUACACUUUUCCAGAUAUACCUGACUACAGUCAGAUGGAAGGCGUAGUGCUAAUCUUUCCCAGCGCCACAAGUCUCACAGUGCCACAGCUAUUCGAGCGCAAUGUACAGCUGAAGAUUGAUGACAACUAUGGCUUGCCUAAGGGUCAUCAUAUGGGCACAAUGCUGCGGCGUCGCAUGGAUGAGGUUGUGGGCGAAGUGCCAGGCGAGCCAGCCAACAAACACUACACAUACGAUAAUAUGCCCAUACGUCGCGCUGUUUUCAUUGACAGUACCUGGCCCCAAAGCCGCAGCAUCUAUGCCGACGAACGCAUGCGUCGUCUCCGCACAGUUGUCCUCCAGAAUCGCCUUUCACAGUUCUGGCGACAUCAGCGAGGCAGCCCACGCUGGUAUCUUGCUACCAUAGAGGCUAUACAUCAGUUUUUGCUCGAAGUACACGUCAACGCUUGGGGGCUUAAUGCUGCCUAUCGCGGUCUGGAGAAUCUUGAGAUAACCGAGGGCUUCCAUCAACUGGCAGAACCUCUAACCUUACAGGCUUCACCUGACUGUGUGGCGCGUGAGGCGCCCUACAAUGGACAGUACGACAAUAUGUUGUACUUUUUUGCUAAUAUGUAUGAUCUUAUACAUAAGUACUAUGACCAUAAUGAACUGAUAUCAUACCGUCGUCCCAUAUAGAGAUGUGUUAAUUUAUUAAACGC